AUGUCCAAUAAGCUGGCUACUUGGAAGGCCUCUCUGCUCUCCCGAGGCGAGCGCCUCUCGCUGGCGCGGCACGUACUCUCUGCCAUGCCUGUACAUAUCCUCCUCGCCAUGGCCAUCAACCCCGCAAUACUCAAGAAAAUCAUCCACAUCAUCCGAAUUUCUUAUGGCAUGGACAAAAAGACGCCAAAGUCGGCGCCUGCCUGGUCUCCUGGGCUCGGAGACAAAUACAAGGAGAAAGAACCUACUGCACUUGAUUUAUUCAAGGAGUGCCACUACAGCAGCAAAAAGAAAGGCUACACUGAUGAUGUGCAAGCUGCAAUUGUUGAAAUGGAAAAGAGUGCUUCUCAGCCUACAGAAGAUGGCCAACAAUCCAACUCUGCAACCAAGGUUGUGGCUGAAGUUCUUACUAAGCACACUAAGAAGCCAAUGUUUCUUAAGCAUGUGGGGGUCCAACACGUGCAUGAGAGAUCCAGUCGUAGCGACCGUGAGGCAGAACAGGAAGCGCAGAAGAGGGGAACAGUUGAGCUUCGGGCCCAUGUUGAAACCUUGACCAAUCAGUUAAAGGAAUCAGAAGAAGCAAGGAUCAGGCAAGAAGAAGCAUGGACCAAGCAAGAAGAGGAGAAUGGGAAAAACCAAGCGGAGUUGGAAGAUAAAUUAGACUUCUUACUAAAUCAUAUUACUCCAAGAUGAGCUCAAGAGUAAGUUGUUUGUGCAAGCAAAAUUCUACUGGAAGCUCUGAAUGUGCUGCAACCUACCUUUUGCUAAAUGUUAGUUUAUAGUGGAAACUGCUUAUGAUGUU